UUCUCGCUCAGUCCCAGUUACACCGGAGCGUGAACGAGACCCAACAGGUCGAGAUUAGCUUCCCAAAUCUGAGUGUCCAUCGACAAGCGACGUGAGUUCCAGGUCAAAAUCGACUACUGGCCUUUGUCAGAAGUUCUUCCGAAUUGAGGAAAUGUCUGCGUCGCCAUCUUCGGGCAGCGGGACAUUCGGCACAGCUCAUUCUGCCCAACGGCUGAGCACCAGAGUUUGCGACAAUUGCAUUCGUUCUAAAGUCCGAUGCGAUCUUGGUCAGCCGUCAUGCUCCCGCUGCCUUGAGCGUGGUAAGACAUGCAGCUACUCCACGACACGUCGUCGGCCAGGACCAGCUCCGGGCUCCGGACGUGGAUCACGGGCAACGCGGGGCGUUCGUAGCCGAGGGAGAAGGCAUUCUGAUGAAGCCACUUCUCAUGGUUAUUCUGUCUCAGAGGACACUGUUUCUUUGGUCCCAGCUGCUUCAGAUAUACCCUCUGAGAGCCCUGAGACCAUUGUAACUUCCCAUGCAUCUACACAAGCUAGCAAUCAAUCAUCACAGCGUUUGAGCUUCCUCCUCGAGGAGGAGGCAUAUCUGUAAGAGACAACCUCGCAUUGUCCUAUAACUCCAGGCACUAUGAGUGUUGUCGUGUCCUCCUACUGACCAUGUCAGGGCCGACGAAUACGUCAAAU